GUUCCGGCUUUAGCUUUAGUGCGUAGGUGUUCUGUGGGGUGGGUACCAACGUUGGUGUGUACGACAACGGCACCGCAGGCAGGGCGCUUUUUGUUCGCCGGUUACGUUCUGUUUGAGCGUUCACGAUGUCUAAAAACACGGAGAGCUCGGCUUUUCGCAAAAUCGACAUUGACCAGUACAACGAGGACAACUACAAGGAGGAGGAAGGCUUGGACGCACAAUCGCCACCGGCCGGUCCCGACGAGCAAGAAGUGAAUCACCUUCUCAAUCAGGGAAGAACCGUGGAUGCCCUAAAGAUCAUCCUGAAAACAGCUCCCAUUGGCUCAAAAUGCCAAAGUGUAAAGGAUGCAGCCAAUGCCUUGGCCAUGCGCGUCCUGCUGGCAGUGAAGGCAAGUGAAAUGGAGCAGGCAGUCCGUGCUUUGGACCCCGAGGCAGUGGAUGUGUUGAUGAAGUACAUUUACCGUGGCUUUGAAAGCCCCUCGGAGGGUAGCUCGGGCCAUCUGCUAGCUUGGCACGAAAAGGCUUAUGCAGCUGGUGGCAUUGGAUCCAUAGUGCGCGUCAUGACUGAUCGCAAGAGAGUCUGAGGGUGCUACUAAAAGGGUCUAGAUUCGAUUGAGCCUGCUGAAAGUGUUGAUGGUGCCAGCACCCAAGGCUGUAUAUAGGCAUGGCAACAUAAGUUAUAUGUGUACUCCUCUUGUGUAGUAAAUGCCUGUUUGUUUGUCAAUUCUUUUGUGUGAUGUGAAGCUAUUAUUGUAUGCUUUUGGGGAAUUCAUUGUGAAGAAUGGAGCUAGAAAGAAACAAAAGACAGCACUCGUCUUGUCUUCUUGCCCUUUUCUUCAUGCUCACGUUGAGUUGAGCUCAAGCUGUACAGAUACUUCAUGCACCAACAUGCCCACUCAGCAGUACUUGUACUUUGGUACAAAAGUUUUGGUAUUCAAGAGCUCGAAACAGACAAGAUACAAGUGACAGAUUACAUAAACUCGCCCAAAUACCGGUGUUUCUAAAGAGAAAGCGUAAUGGAUGCAGACAUCACUGAGGCCUCAAUUUGUAGUACCUUUAGGCAUUUGGGAUUGGCUAUAGCCUUGUUAAUGUCAUCAUUGUGUUGUUGUCAUCAGACGCAAACUGUUUCCUUUACAUGUUUUGUUGUGAUGUGGCAAUGAAAACUAUUUGUUAUUUAUGAAGGUAACACAUGGUGAAAUUUAGCAUGCACAUGUCAUUUGGUGCCCUGAUAUAACUGAAAUUGGUUUUGAGCUAUGUAAUGUGGUUUUUAAGUUGCAACACUUGUAAUCCUUUUGGGAUGACUCAUUGUCAUCCCAAAAUUAAUUAGACAUGAGUUUGUCAAAACUUUUGCAUAAGAAUACUAUUCGCAACACACAAAAAAUUGAAAUGUCCUGGGCAUAUUGUAUGACUAACAACUUUUACAAAAGGCCAUUUAUAAAAAUAUAUAUGAUGUGCACACAAAUAUUGACAGCUUUACGGCACUCACCAAUGUCUCAGUCCAAGUUCAGAAAAUUGUAUGGCUAUAUCUUCAUUUGUCGCAAAUGACAUGGGGAUGACUAACAGCAACUGCUCAAAAAAUCAUAGCUGAAAGAAAUUGGAAUUAAAAG